AUGCCCAUCUUCCAAGACGACCUCGAUCUCGACCACCCGGAGUCCACUGCUGGAGCUCCGGGGGCAGAGCCACCACAUCCCAUUACCAUACACCGUCAGCAGACCAUGGCCCCGUCCCUGACGAGAAAGCUGUCCGAAGAAAGUAUUCGGACAGACCUUUGCGAAGGGCCCAUGCUCGAAAGCCCGCGACCUUCGACCCCCGACAACGAUACUGCCGCAGUCACGUCCGACCGAGCCGAGCUGAUCGAGCGCUUAAAGAGAGGCGAGAGCCCGACUUGGAUCCCUAACCGCCAUGUAGGGUCUCCCGAAGUUGCCAGAGAUGGUCUUCGUACUCACAGUAUCACACAGCUCGAGUCGCUGUUCAACAAUCUCCCCCGUCCGACCACGCCACGAAGCUCGCGCCCGCCAUCGAGCUCCUCCAAUCUCCUGCCUUCCGCGAACAUCACCCCAGAGAAGAGCGACGGAUCGAAAGAGGAGGAUGAAAGGGUACGAGAGGGAUUAAGCAUACAGAGGCCAAGAUCCGCCUUGCACAGCGGCGACUUCACUGAGGAUCAGCCGCGGGCAGUCCAGCAGCCGGCGCAAGAGUCGGAGGACAACCAAUGUGCGAACGAAUUCCUGACAUCCCGCACUUCGUGGAUUGCGACGUCACCUCCCCGGGACUUUUCCUCGUUUCACUUCGACAGGAGGAUACCGUUUCCGUCUUCAAACGAUGACUUCCGAUCCGUGCCGUCGUCUUUGUCCUCGUCCUUCUCUUCUAGCUUCGUUUACAAGCCUCCGACCAGUCCGCUAGUCCAGUCGGAGAGCAAUGACGACCUCGACCUGUCGCUUCCGCUGAACAGUAUCGAUAUCGCGGCGAGCCCUUUGGGCAUCAACUCACGUCGCCAUACCUUGAACUCAACAGUCUCGUCGCCGUUUGCUUUCACGUCACCCAGCUCUGCCGCACUCCACCGACGAGCUUCACAACGGGGCAGUGGUGCUCUGCCCUACCAAGCCCAUCAGCCACGCCGCUCCCUUACGUCGGCCCCCAACGCUCCGCUCCCUGCGACCUCACCGCAGACGCCGUCGCUUCUGAGACCCCGGCGACCGUCCUUCAACAACCCUGACGCGUCGCCCUUGCAGCAUGCCUCCAUGGUUGGGUCGUAUGAGGAGAGCAUUCUUCGAGGUCGCAUGUCGACCACACCGUCCAAACCGCUCGAUUUUCUCGCUCAGAUCGGAGUGCUCGGUCUCGGCAAGUGUAAGUCGAGCUUGAGGUGCCCGGCGCACGUGACUUUGCCGUUUCCUGCGGUUUUUUACAGCUAUGGGGGAGCUUCACAGGGCCGCGUAAGCUCAGAAGAUGGACCUAGUCCAUAUGUUGGGCAGAUUGACCUAGAAAAUGGCCUGUCGAACCCCGAAGAGGGCCAGCGAGCGAAGAGAAAGAUGCAGAGCAGGUAUGCGGAGCGGAAGAUCGCCGAAGACGACGUGGUGAUGGGCGAGGCUUCUAUGGUGGCAGAUGGUUCGGAUCUUGACGCACGCAAAGCGCAGCGAUCAAAACGGCGAUCUGGAUCUCCAAGAGCUCCACCAGGUGGUAGCUACCGGAUUCCCGAAAAGGGGCAGGUUCAAAUUGUGAUUAAGAAUCCGAACAAGACGGCUGUCAAACUGUUCUUGGUGCCGUAUGAUCUGGCAGGGAUGGAACCGGGAACGAAGACGUUCAUCCGACAGCGCAGCUACUCUGCCGGCCCGAUCAUUGAGAACGCCCCAGGACUCGAGGAGAACGCUGAGCCAGGCAAGCCCAUCUUGCGGUAUCUCGUGCAUCUGCAUAUUUGCUGUCCGGCAAAGGGUCGGUACUAUCUGUACAAGAGCAUUCGCAUCGUCUUCGCCAACAGAGUACCCGACGGGAAGGAGAAGCUGCGGAACGAGACCACUUGUCCGGAGCCUCGGUACACCCCGUACAAGCCCAUUCGGGUUAUGCACCCGCCGUUGUCCAACAGUAGCGGACCUGCAGCAACACUUGCAGCUGAAAAGGCCUUCAGACGGCGGAGUUCCGGCUUUCCAUUCGGCCCGUCAAUGUACGCUCUCGACGCGGCCGAUGGGCUUUCGCAUUCGCCGCAGAAAGCGGCAGGACAACACUCAUCUGCGUCACCCUUCAGCUUCAGCGGCGAUAAUCAACCAGUGGAACCCGUUCCGUUCGCCCUCUCGGGUCGGGCGCGUCUGGGAAGCGACAUCAGCGACUGCACGAGUACAACGACUACCACUGCAGACGUUCGCUCGCCGCAGUCGCCCAGCAGACCGACGACGAACAAUGGCUGGGAUGCCCAGAUCGCGAAAUAUGAAAAACUGAACAAAGGCGACGUCGGCUAUGGUGGGCUGUCCGGACGCGUGAGCCCGGGCGGCACGGAGGGGCUUCUCUCUCAAAGACUUCGGUCCCUCGGAGUACAGAACCAGGGCAGAGCGACUUUGGAAAGAAGAGAGAGUCAGGAGUAA